GAUUGUUUUUGUAACGACCAAACAUAGACGUUCUCAUGCCAGACAUCAAUUCAGACGUCAUACUAUUUCAAACAGUUAUUCAAAAACGUUGAUCUAUUAUAUUUUUAAAGGUUGUAAUAAUUUGGCACAGAAUCGAAAUUUCUAAAGAAGACGAUGAAUUGUUUAAAAGCAGUUAUUUUAUUAUGGACCUGCAUCAUAGCUUUCCAUUCAUUAGUGACCGCUUUCGAGAUUGAAGGUAAGGACAUAAGUGGAGUAGUAGUAAACACUUGUGGAGGAUUGCUUAAAACUAUUGAAGUAGACUUUGUUUAUAUACGUAUUGAAAAAACCCAGCUACUCUUUGAUGAGAUCUACAAGACUCCAUUAGCUAAAACUGGACCACCUGUACAUAUAACAAUAACUUAUGAUAAAACGCCGUGUAAUGAACAGCAUGAAAUUCAAAAACUCAAACUCCCCGUAAAGUUCCCAAAAUAAUGGAGUAAUACAGUAUCCAGAUAGGCGUUAACAGUCAAGCAAUUACAAUUCAAUCAAUCACUGCAAGAUCACAAAGAAAUGUCAUGGAAAUUAUAAAAUGUUUAAAUAAUUAUUUACAUUAACAUAUUUAUUAUGUUCAGUUUUAAACUUCUGUAUUGCUAAGUAAUAUAAUAUUUGUUUUGGGCUAUUUGAAAAAUUGAAGUUAAAUUACUUUUCUUUUAGGUAAGAGUUGGUAUUUUAAUAUUUGUUUGGUUAGGUCAAUAACCGUCCUAAUAAGUAUAAAAAUGUUGCACACUUCCCUCGAUGGCUCUCCAACUAUCAUUUAAUAUUAUUUUACAAUUAAUAUCAAGCUAUUAAUUAAUUCAGAUGAGUCAGAUCAAUAUAUACUUUACUUAACUUGUACU